UCCAGGGCGAUGGCAGUUGGCGCGCUGUCCAGUUCCCUCCUGCUCACCUGCUGCCUGAUGGUGGCUCUGUGCAGCCCGAGCAUCCCGCUGGAGAAGCUGGCCCAGGCGCCCGAGCGGCCGGGCCAGGAGAAGCGCGAGCACGCGUCUCGGGACGGCCCGGGCCGGGUGAGCGAGCUCGGGCGCCCGGCGAGGGACGAGGGCGGCGGCGGCGGCCGGGACUGGAAGGGCAAGGGCGGCCGCGGGCUGGCCGGCCGGGAGGCGUGGAGCAGGCAGAAACAGGCCUGGGCCGCCCAGGGCGGGGGCGCCGGGGCCGGGGACCUGCAGGGGCGGCCCCGCGGGGACACCCCGCACGAAGAGCCCCCGGCCGCCGCCGCCGCCGCCGCCGCCCAGGACGCGGCGGGCCCAGACCCAGAGCCCACGCCCGAGCUGCCGGAGGAGUACGCGUACCCGGACUACCGGGGGAAGGGCUGCGUGGACGAGAGCGGCUUCGUGUACGCGAUCGGGGAGAAGUUCGCGCCGGGCCCCUCGGCCUGCCCCUGCCUGUGCACCGAGGAGGGGCCGCUGUGCGCGCAGCCCGAGUGCCCGCGGCUGCACCCACGCUGCAUCCACGUCGACACGAGCCAGUGCUGCCCGCAGUGCAAGGAGAGGAAGAACUACUGCGAGUUCCGGGGCAAGACCUACCAGACCCUGGAGGAGUUCGUGGUGUCGCCGUGCGAGCGGUGCCGCUGCGAGGCCAGCGGGGAAGUGCUGUGCGCGGUGUCCGCGUGUCCACAGACCGAGUGCGUGGACCCCGUGUACGAGCCCGACCAGUGCUGCCCAAUCUGCAAAAACGGCCCAAAUUGCUUUGCCGAGACCGCUGUCAUCCCUGCUGGGAGGGAAGUGAAGACGGACGAGUGCACCGUCUGCCACUGCACCUACGAGGAGGGCACCUGGAGGAUUGAGAGGCAGGCCAUGUGCACCAGGCACGAGUGCCGGCAGAUGUAAGACUGGCCGCACGGACCACAGAUGUUUUCUAGGAUCCUUUCCCGAUCUAUGUGAACGUUCUGGAUGCCUCUGGGAAAUAUCGACCGAAAGGAGCAGACUUUUGAUGAGCAAUCGUGGAAAACUGUUGGUACUUUUUCUUUUCUUGGUCACAACAACUACAGAAGGAAAUGGACAUAUUUCAAAACGUCGACAAGAACUUUGGGCCGAAAAGUCCACUUCUAAAUAAAUGUGCUAUUUUCACAGUAAGUACACUAAAGCACACUGUUAUAUAUGAAAUGUCUUUCUAUAAUCCCUCUAUUGGCUUCUGUAGAUACAGAUUAAAAAUGCUGUGCCGUCAGCUGUCCUCGCCGCGUGCCCGCAUUUCUUCUGCGCUGCUGAUCCCAUCACAUGAGGUUGUUUGUGGUCGCUGAUUCUCCUUCGCCUCCUGGAAUAGUGCGCCCGUUAGCGGGUCAUAACAUAAGGGAACUGAUUUGCCCUGAGAUCCUCGCCAAAUUCUGUCGCAUUACAGAGAGAUAUAUAGAUAGUGUCGAUCCUCAGAAGAGCCAGUCGAAUUCACACAAAUAUAAUAAUUCCUCCUUGUAACUUUACUGCUUUUAGUAUCUCCAUUUUCAGUCAUUUGGGAGAUGCAGGUACAAAGAUGACUAAUACACGCUUUUUCUGUUCAUUCAAAGCUCCCACGUCGUGGGCCAUUGAUGGGUGCACGCAGAUAUUUCAUUUUCACUUACUUGACUU